AUGUGGAGGACUUUAGCUUAUAAUAAGGGAGUAAUAAGAGCCAUCAUAUUAAGAAGAAAUUUCAGUACAAAUGAAACUUCAAUCAUAUCUAAAGUCUCAUUAUAUGUGCCCAAUAGUAGUUUAAAAUUCAAGUUUCCUAAAUUAGAAACCAUACAGAAGAAAUGGCCGAUCCCAGCAGGUGAAAUUAAAAAGUUGGAAGCAUUAGGAAGCAAAGUUCAUGAAUCAAUCAUAUAUGAAAUAUCAGAAUUGAAGAAUAGUGGGAACAAUGUAGAUAAUAUUAAAUGGGAAUUUAAUAAAGAAUUUGAAUUGCAAAAGAUUAAUCAGAUGCAAUUAACUUUGGAAUUACAACAGGGGUUCAAUAAAACACUUGCACCAUUGAAUAGUAAAAACCCAUACUAUUUGUAUUUAGGGUGGAUGGUUGAAUAUGGAGAGAAGAAUGUAGAAGAAAUUCCAAGUUUAUGGAAUCGAAUAGUUCGAUUCAGUGACAAUAUUCAAUUAAAGGCAUAUGUAAAUGAUUUGGAUGGGAUCGAAAUAUCUAGUGAGAAAUUGUUAAGUUCAAGAGUGUACCCCAUAGAUGGACUGGUAGAAUGGAAUCGAUUCCCAUCAAUAAUAGUUCGAAAUGUGAAAGACAUAUCGAAUACAACUUCAAUCUCAAAAUUAGGAGAAAAGAUUCAACAGGGGAUUAUAGAAGAAUUGAAUAAUUUAGAUAUUUCAACAGAAUUUCUAACAAAGAUCAAUUCUAAAUCGGAAAUGAAACUUCAAAUGAGUUAUAUGAAUAAGGAAGGAAUAAUGACAAGAAAAGAUCUAAAAGGUAAUAAAAAAUUAUAUUUAUAUUGGGGGAUUGCAGCCAUGGAAGCUCCAAAACUUAUUUUACAAAUAUGUGUUGAAGAAAUUGGUGAUAUUUAUGAUAUUGAAACUUUAGAAAUGGCAAUUGGGAAUAUUAUAGAUAUUUCAGUAUCAGAUAAAAGGAAAGAAGAUGAAGAAGAAUAUCUAAAAAGAAAACAAUUAAAAGAUCAAAAACUUUUAGCAGCUAAAGAAUUAAGAGAUGAGCAAAAGAUUAAAGAAGAUCAAGAGAAAGUCAAGUUGGAUCAAUUAUCAAAGAAGAAGGAGAAAUUAAAACAAACUCAAUUAAAAUUAGAAAAAAUCAAGUUAGAAAAAGUUGAGAGAAUCAAGAAAAAGGCUGAGAAACGUUUGGAAACAGUAGCAACGUUGAAACAGGAUAAAGGGGAGAGAAGGAAGAGAAAGAUUGAACAACUUGAAGCAGAAAUAGAAUCGACUAAGAAGGAAAAACUUGAAAGUAUAAGAAUUCUUCAUAAUCUUCAAAAGAAAUUGGAAAUAGAGAGAGAUAGUAAAUUGAUAUCCCAAACUACGACGUUAGCGAAGGAUGAACAAAUUGUUGUCAAAGGGCCAAGACUUGCCAUUCAAGACGAAUCUCAAACACAUUAUGAAAUCUCAUUAUCAUUAAAGGGUAAGAAACAUUCAUUUUUAUUUCCAAAAUUACAAUUAAAAGUGAAACGUGAAGAACUUUUAUCUGUAGUAAACUUUGUUAAAAUGUAUGGGAAAUUUGGUAGAUCUGUUACUGUUUCAACUCUUUCACCAAUUGUAUUUUUACAAAAAUAUAGAUUGAAAAAUCAUUUAGAUCGUGGGGUUAUCUACAAAGAGUUCAAAGAAGAAUUAAUCCGACAAGAUAUUGAUAAGAUAAUUAUGAUUAUGGAAUGGAAGGCUGGUGAAGCUACAAAUAGAGUUGAAAUCAUUAAUCCAUUAUAUUUAUAUAUGGGUUUAGCAGAACAGAUUGAUAGCAAGAAAGUAACCGCAUUAAUCUAUCUGAUUCUUGUUCGUAGUAAGGAUGAGAAAUUACAGUUUAAACCAAACGAUCUGACCAGUAUACUGUUUGAACAUGAAAACAGACAAGCAUUGAUUGAUAUUAAUUCAUCAUUAAAUGGGAACCAUUCACUCAAUACAUCGAUAUUUUCUCCAUACAAUACACCCAUUUUACUUGCAAUGAAUGGUCAAGUUUUAAGAUUACCUAGUCUUCCUACAACAAUUGCCAAUACAAAAUAUAAAAACCUUGCAGCUCAUGUAUUACAGAAUCCAAGUACAACAGCCACCGGCGGGCCGGAUGAUAUUGCUACAGUAUUAGACAAACUUGGAGAUAGACUAUUAUGGACCAUAUCAUUUGAAUAUUUACGUACCAAGGCUAAAAAUGGGACUCCAAUGAUGAGUCUCUUAAAUUCCAAUGGUGUAUUGGGACAUUUAUUACACUUGUACGAUUUUCCCCGGAUGCUUUUAGGGACUAACUUUGAAACCUGGCAAAGGGGAGAGAAUGUACGUGAAUUAGAGCUUUUGGGGGAUAUAUUUGAACGGUUUGUUGGAUUACUGACGUUGGAAGAUCCAGAGGCUACCAAGAAGUGGCUUCAUGGAGUAUUUGAUGUUUUUUCACAAGCAAUCGAUAUUGAAAGAUACGUUAGGGAGAUUGAGAAGGCUAAUGAACAAUCACCUGUAAAUUCUAGAUUCCUUUAUGUUCCAAAAGUUGUAUAUACCAUUGAAGGAAUUCAACAAGUGUUGAGAAGACAUGUACUAGCAGCAUCAGCUCUUGAAAAUAGAUAG